AUGGAAUUAACCCAAGUCGAACAAUAUGAAAGUGAUUUAUCAGAAGAAGAAUUAUUCGAAGGUCAAGAAACAAGUGAACCUACACGAAAACAACGGAAGAAAAUUUCAAAAGUUUGGAUUAAAAAAGUUGUAUUUGAUACUAGUACAGAAGCAGAAGUAUCAAUUGGAAAUCAAUGGUCAAAAUAUUACACGAAUUAUACAGAAGAGGGAAGGAAAGUGUAUUACAGAUGCAAAAAAGCGAAACGCCAUGGUCCUCAAUGUACUGCAGGUACAUAUCUCUUAUACCAUGCAGAUAGUGAUAAAGUGACUAUCUAUGAAACGGAAACAGAACAUCAACAUCAUCAAGAUGAAGUUCGUGGUAUUGAUGAAAGUGUUAGAAAGGUUAUAGAAGAUUUAUUCAACGAUGGUAUUAAGAAACCAAAACUUAUUCUUCGAGCACUUGAAUCAAGGAAAGUGAAAGUGCCAACGUCAAUACAAUUAAACAACUAUCUUGUCUAUUACAGGAAAAAGAAGUAUGGUUCACACAAAAUAAGCCUAGGUGAACUUGAAGAAUGGUGUAAGAAUAAUGAAACUGUUCCAGUUGAUGAAAAUCAAUCCUUUGUUGUGUUUUAUAAGAUCUUGUAUAAUAACGAUGAAUAUGAAGAUGAUGAGGAUAUCGAAGAUGAUACGUGUGAUAAAUUUCGAUUCUUCAUAUCGUCUCUUCGUUUACUCAAUAUUGCAUCAACAUCACAACAUAUACAUGCUGAUGCCACGUAUAAAUUAGUGUGGCAGGGUUUCCCGGUUUUGAUUGUAGGAACAACAGAUCUAAAUAAGGUUUUUCAUCCAUUUGGUAUGGCAGUAUGCUCUAAUGAGAAAACGAAAGAUUUUCAAUUCAUAUUCAACAGUCUUCAAGUUGGUAUGCAGAAAAUUGGUAAAGAUUUACUGAAACCAACAGCUUUAAUAUCAGAUGCUGCUGAUGCCAUCAAAAAUGGAUUUAACAAUGUGUUUGGCGAAUCACACAACGAAAUAAUGUGUUGGGCACAUAUGAAACGGAAAGUGGAAAAUCGAAUAUGUCACAUAGAUAACAAAGAAGUGAGAAAAGAUAUAUUAGAAGAUAUUGAGAUGCUUCAACUGUGUAAUUCAACAACUACGUUCAAACUAGCAACAACAUUGUUCAUGAAAAAAUGGAAGAUAAAUUCGAAACAAAAGAACCAAUCAAUAUUAGAGUUUCUAGAUUACUUUGAUUAUGAAUGGAUAAAAUUAAACGAUGGUUGGUAUGAAGGGAUUCAAUUAAAUACACCAAGUACAAACAACGCUCUCGAGUCUACUAACAGAACAAUUAAAGAUGACGGAACCUUUCGAGAACGCCAUGUAUUAUCAAGAUUUCUGACAAUUUCUGCAGAUAUAAUUUAUAACUGGUCAACUGAACGUGAUCCAUCAUCAGUUAAUGUAAAAGUUUUUGCCAUGGAGCCAACAAUAUCUUUGCAAUUGUGGACAUCUUCUUAUCAAUGGGCUCAAUCAAAAAAAGAAGUUACUUGUCUUUCACAUGGUUCUACUAAGAAGUACUAUAUUCCUGCUCGUGAUAUUCAAUCGAUUACAAGAAGUGAUAUAAACAAGUACAAUAAGAAGCAAUGGACAACGUUCAAUCAGUUUAAGAAGUCAUAUGACAUGUGGUGUAUGGAGCUAGAGAAUGAUACUCACUGGAAAACAUCAAAAUGUAAUUGUCCAUAUUUUUUAAAGAAUUAUAUAUGCAAGCAUGUUGUCGGAAUGGCUAUUCGUCUCAAAUACUGUAAACCACCUGCAUCAGCAAAAACUGUUCCAAUUGGACAGAAGAGAAAGCGUGGCAGACCAGCCAAAGCUAAAGCUGCAUUAUUGAUGCAAUAA